CUUAGAAGGUGACAAAAGAUACUACGAUAAGAAAGAGAAGAAGCAAAGGAAGAUCAAAGAUAUCCCUUUCUUUUCUUUGCAAAGAUUACACCUUUAAGCAAACAAACAAACACACAAACAAACCCUUCCUUCUCUCUCCCUCUUAAACCCAAAUUUCCGCCAUUAAAAACCCUCUUUUCUUGCUCCUCUCCACUUCUUAUUUUCUCUUCAGAAUCUGCUUCAGAACACAAAAGGGUUUCAGGAUUAAUGUAUCACAAACAAUCCCACAGCAACAGUUCUCUUUUUAGAGAAUCCAUUAAAACCCUUGAAGCUCAUAUCCACCAUGCCAAUGCCCUAGCAUCUGCUCUACCUCCAGAUGAUGAAGGGGAUUCCGUUCGAAUGAAAUUAUCAUACGGCACUUUUGCUCCAUUUUUGCUCUAUUUGAUUGACUGGAUGGACUACAGCUGUACAGAUUCGCUUCCAAGUUAUCUUGGCCUUCUUCAUAUACUCGUAUACAAGGUUUACGUUGAUGGCAUUCAAACAAUGUCGUCUCAGGAAAGAAAAGCUACACUUAGAGAAUUCUAUGCUGUUAUAUACCCUUCGCUCAAACAACUGGAGGAUUAUUUGAUUGAAUUGAGGGAUGAUGAUGAUGACGACGACAAGAAAAGCCAUUGUAAAGACGUUGAAAGUGAUGAUGAAUGUGGGAUAUGUAUGGAAACAUGUGAUAAAAUGGCGAUGCCUAAUUGUGGCCACUCAAUGUGCAUUGGGUGCUUUCGUGAUUGGAACAUGAGGUCUAAGUCAUGCCCAUUCUGUAGAGGAAGCUUAAAGAAGGUGCAUUCGGGAGACUUAUGGGUUUUGACCAAUGAAAGCGAUUCAGUUGACCUAAUCACUCUAGCUAAAGAGAAUCUAAGAUGCUUCUAUCUUUACGAUUCCAAAAAGGGACCCGAGCACUGUAAUGGAAAUGGUGAAAGAUUGUAGUUUUUCUUUUCUUUAUGGUGUUGACAAAUCCAUGGAAAUGGAAAAAAAAGGACCUUACUUCAUGUUUUGAUCAUCAAUUGGCGUGAUUUCUUAUUUUUAGAAACAAAAAUGUUGUCCAUUGGGUUGUAACGUUAAGUUUGGUACUUUGGUAUCUUCUAUUCAUGUUUUACUUUAAUGGGU